CCCUCCCCCGCUCCGGCUCCGCGCAGCCGCCCGCCUGCCCGCUGGACUUCACAGUCUCCAGCCCCCGGCUCCAGACUUCAGCCGCCGCCACCACCCCCCCCACCCUCCUAGAGGACUCCCUGGGCGGGGCCGAUCCCAAGGAGCACCCCCCCGGACUGCCUCUCAGAGCAGGGUGGGGAAGGGGAUCGUAGUCCGCCGCCACCUCCGAGCAGGCCGCCAGGUGAGCGCCGGGACAGACAGCGCUGCAGGCACGCUUGAGUGUCAAGUUCACAAACUUGAAGUGGAGCUGGCCAGUGGAGUUGUGUGCUGUUCUUCAGCUGCUUCAAAUCGUGUGAGUACAGGCACAGGACUCUGGAGGCCGGAGAUGGGCGCCCGGCCCUCGAGGCGGCGGCGGCUGCCCGCGGACCCGCCCAUAGCCUUGGACGCGCUGCCCCCGGAGCUGCUCGUGCAGGUGCUGAGCCACGUGCCCCCGCGCGCGUUAGUGAUGCGCUGCCGCCCGGUGUGCCGCGCCUGGCGCGACGUGGUGGACGGGCCCACCGUCUGGCUGCUGCAGCUGGCUCGCGACCGCAGCGCGGAGGGCCGCGCCCUCUAUUCAGUGGCCCAGCGCUGCCCGCCCAACAGCGAGGAUGAGGAAGAGUUCCCGCUAUGCGCUCUGGCGCGCUACUGCCUGAGAGCGCCCCUAGGCCGCAACCUCAUCUUCAACUCCUGCGGAGAGCAGGGCUUCAGAGGCUGGGAGGUGGAGCACGGCGGGAAUGGCUGGGCCGUGGAAAAGAACCUCAUAAUGAUGCCGGGCGCUCCUUCCCAGACCUGCUUCGUGACUUCGUUCGAAUGGUGCUUUAAGAGGCAGCUUGUGGACUUGGUGAUGGAAGGGGUGUGGCAGGAGCUGCUCGACAGCGCCCAAAUCGAGAUCUGUGUGGCCGACUGGUGGGGUGCCCGGGAGAACUGCGGCUGCAUCUACCGGCUUCGGGUCCGCCUCCUGGACGUGUAUGAAAAUGAAGUGGUCAAGUUCUCGGCCUCACCCAACCCGGUCCUUCAGUGGACUGAAAGAGGCUGCCGACAGGUCUCCCACGUCUUUACCAACUUUGGCAAGGGUAUCCGCUACGUGUCUUUUGAGCAGUAUGGAAGAGACACACGUUCCUGGGUGGGGCACUACGGCACCCUUGUGACCCACUCCAGUGUGAGGGUCAGGAUCCGCCUGUCCUAGCUAACCAGCCUGACCCAGCCUUCCAGGACAGACUGCCAUCUGCCGGACACUAACGUCAAUCAAGGGCAGCUUUUGCAGCCAGGAGCCAGAGGAUGCCUGUGGAAGGGUCGGAGGAGGUCCUGUGUGGCCUGUUCCUGGCACUCUUCCAGUGAACCCCACUUGCUGCUGCUUCAGCCAAGAAACCAGGGAUCCAACCAGGCUGGUCACUUGCUUCCCCAGGGCAGUGUCAAAGAGUAACUCAGAGACCUGUACUGUACUUGUAAACUUCUUUCUCACAUGUGUGCUGAUCAGUUGAUGCUGGUUUAAUCACCAAGUCGUGUCCAAUUCUUAUGACCCCAUGGACUGUAGCCCACCAGGCUCCUCUGUCUAUGGGAUUUCCCAGGUAAGAAUACUGGAGUGGAUUGCCAUUCCCUUCUCCAGAGGAUCUUCCCAACCCAGGGAUCGAACCCACUGAGUCAAAAAGCAAAGGCCAAACCCAGGUUAAAAAUAGAGGAAUGCUGCUAACAAUCCUGGACAAGGACUCUUGUCAGCAUAUUUUGGAAGUAAGGCAAUUGCUGGCAGGGAGCAGAGGUUGUCCUCGGGGGGACCAACAGGGGCCUCAAAGGGAACCCAUCCUCUCAUUUGGGGUAAUCUCUGGGACUCAGUAGUGGGGCCCAUGCAAGCUCCUCCAGCACCACACCCAACAGCUCCUCUCCUCUGAGCCAUACAGGUGCCAUUUCUUUCAGAAUUCCUAAGGCCCAGUCUGCACUGACCCCCAAACUGUAUCCUCUACCCCCACCUCCUGGCCCUGUGUCGGGCAGCUCUCCUUCUGCCAAGAUGACAGCCUCCUUUUCUCCACACCUGAGCCCACUUGGAGAAGGACUCCGGGAGCAAGGCUCCCCUGAUGUCUCCCACUGUUUCCCUAGCUGAGUGCAGCUGACAAGCCAGCUUAAUAAAAAAUUGGUGCAGAGUGUGA